AUGGGUAGUUUGUUGUAUGUGCCAGCAGAAAAGCUGGAAAUGACUAAGGAACUUUAUCAUUUAGCGAAUCUGGGAGUUCACCUACUAGAUUCGGAAGACACUGGAAUUGCUUUACAGAAUAUAUCCCAAUCAACUCUUGCCUCAGAUGUAAAGACUCAACAGUAUGAAGAUCCAGUUUUAGUUAAUAUUAAGGAAAGAGUGUUAACUAAAUCAACCCAUUUCUUGCCAGUAAGAACUACCUAUGCUGCUGAAGACUAUGUUAAGCUGUAUCUUAAGGAGAUUGUGCUCCCUUAUGGCAUUCCGUUGUCAAUUAUUUCGGACAGAGGCGCUCAGGUUACGGCAAAAAAAUGUAGGUCUCCUGCCGGUUGGUUUGAAGUCGGAGAAGCAAACUUAUUCGGACCAGACCUUGUUCAUCAGGCUAUUGAAAAGGUAAAGCUUAUUCAGGAACGGUUACGCACAGCUCAGAGUUGUCAGAAAUCUUAUGCAGAUGUACGACGACGACAAUUGAGUUUUAGGAUCGUCCGAAAGGUAGGCCAGGUAGCUUAUGAAUUGGAGUUACCAUCAGAACUGCAAGCAGUUCAUCCAUUUUUUCAUGUAUCCAUGCUGAGAAAAUGUAUUGGAGAUCCGUCCAGAAUUGUACCUGUUGACGAUACACAAGUUACAGAAAAUUUGACAUAUGAGGAAGAACCAAUUGCUAUUCUCGAUAGACAAGUCCACAGACUCAGAAACAAAGAUGUGGCUUCAGUCAAGGUUCUAUGGAGGAGUAAAGAUGGGGGAAGAGAUGACGUGGGAAGCUGA